AAUAAAUUGUUUUCAAUUGUUUCUCUAGAGCUAGUCCUCUCGUUCUGCCGAACCAGUAAAGUAAUAAUGUCUCUGAUCGGCCGCCUUAAUCUUGGUCGGCGUUUCAGCACCGCUGUGCCAAGAAGAGCGGAGGACAUAAUGUCAAACCCAGACUGCCGUCCUACGCAGCUGUUGUUGAGAGUCUCGUACUUGAUCAGAUACAUUGGGGAUCUCGACACGGCGGCGAAGUAUGCUCGUUUGGCUGUGUUCAGCAAAAUCAACUCCGAGUCCACAGCAACUACAUGUCAAUCCAUCAUCGGAGGCAUGUUUCUGGAUAAAAGGUUCGACGACGCUUUGAGACUCUACGGUUUCUUCUUCAAUCAGCAUAAAUGCAGACCCAACGUCCAUUGCCGCAACAACUUCUUCGAAACUUGUUUACAAAGAGGCUUUUAUGGCCCUGUUAUCAGAUGGCACAACGAAGCCGUCGAAUCUGUUAAAGCCCAUGACUACCCAAGUACCGAUUCUUUCAGGGUCUUGACGAAAGGGUUCGUCCACUCCGGUCGAUUGGACCUAGCCGAAGCCUUGCUUAGACAACUGCCAUUAUCAUGGACAUGGAUCAAUCGCUACCCAGAUCACGUGGCGUUCAACUAUCUCAUUCGCGGUUUUUUGGAUCUUGGAAAUCUAGACAAGGCGAAUUUACUCUUGGCCGAAUUCAAAAGGUUGUUUUAUGUUGCCCUUUCCGUGACGAAAGAUGAUUUGCACCGUACAAACUAUGAUAACAAAAUGGCAUUCCUGAUGGCGACAUUCAUGGAGUACUGGUUUAAGCAAGGUAAAGAGGUGGAAGCUAUGGAUUGUUACAACUGCUUUGUUCUAUCAAACAGGUUACCCGUUUGUGCCGAAACCGGUAAUUCCCUUUUGCUAGUCCUGCUCAAAUACGGUGAAAAAGACCAUGCUUGGGCAUAGUACCAUGAUCCCUUAGAUAGAAAUGGAAUCGACUCUGAUACCAUUAAGAUAAUGGUGGAAGAGUGUUUCGAUACAGGUCGAUUUAGCGAGGCUAUGGAGACCUACAACAAGGCGAGAGCCAAGAACCACUUCCUCAGUGGACCAGAAGACUCUUUGUUUUUUGCUGUUAAAGGAUACAUCAUCACAAGGUGUUGCGAAAACGGGUUGUUGUCACAAGCAGAGUCUGUCUUUGUUGAUUCACUUGCUGAUGAUCUCGGAUACAUUGAUGUUAACACUUUUAAAACAAUGAUCGAUGCUUACGUCAAGGCUGCAAAAAUCGAUGAUGCUGUGAAAACCUCCAACAAGAUGAUCGAUGCAACUCUUAAGGAGGUCUCCGAUCUCUUUUGACCAUUCUUCGUCACUUGGUGGUCUUUAUUUAAUGUAUUUUUUUUUUAAGAUACUUGUUUUAGUCAGACAAUAAUAAGAUAGAGUUUGAAUGCAAUGUUGGUUUGUCUUGGUCAAAAAAGGAAUAAAAUGG